AUGGAUGGAAGCGAUGAACCUCCCUCUCCGCCCCCGUUUCCUCCUAGAAUGUUUGCGCUAGGCGAUGAACCUGUCGGCGUUACUCCUUACCACAAACCUACAUGCAUUCGGAAAAUUCUCAACGCCCUCGAACCAGAUGAAGCUCAGACUAUCAGGGAGACCCAGUUCGGAAAGCUUGUCGAAAUUGCAGACAAACCCUCGUUUUCUGGCCGGUUUGGUCGGUUCCUGUUAUCCCGACAAUUGAAGGUGGCGAAGAAGCACGAAGUUCGGUUUCUAUUUGCUGGCAAACCGGUUAGAUUCUCACAAUUGAAGGUGACGGACCGACAAUACAGGUGGAGAAGACAUGAUUCCAGUUACCGACAAUCGUGAGGCUGAAGAAAUCCGUGAGGGUGAUGGGACCGACAAUACAGGUGGAGAAGACAUGGAAAGACAUCCUCGUUAGUUUCAGAAUCGUCCAAAUUUAUAUUUGGAUUUUGAAAUACUAAUAUUAGCAACAAUACACUCCACACUACCUACAUUGCUACGACUGUACUUAGCUUCUAUUCAUAAAGAUUGCAG